CCUUGAUGCUGACACGAAAAACCAUCUGACUCUUCGCCUGUGUGUACGCUCUUUCUCUUUCAAUCUCCCUGCCUGCUGCCUGCUGUUUGCUAUUUCGUAUCCAGCGCGAGCCUAACACAACGAGCCCUUGCUCACACACGCACACACGUUCGCACGAGAGGCACAAGAAAGCUUGUGUUAUUGUUAUUUGGUGCGAGUGUCCACAGUGGUACCCCGAAAACGGAGGGUUUGUUUUGUUUUAUAGCUCCAGUGAUUUGCUUCCCUUAGCCGCGAGAUAGUGAUGAUCGCUGGGAUUGUAUAUGUGUGUAUGUGUUUGUAAGGGCUCAUCUGAAUCAUCUCAAGCUCCUGUCAUGUCGUAAAGGAAACGCACGCAACAGUAACAUAGCGUGUCGGUUGUAGUGUAAUAUUACUGCGUUUCGUCCUGCAACGGUUUUUUUCAAGAACAAUGGCGUCUUGGUGUACGGUCGGUACGGUUGCAAGCGAAUGCUAAAGUAAGUUCCUCUCAGCCCUUGUCAAGGAUUCUCAAAAAUCCUGAGCUGGACUCAAUACAAACGUAGGCGUAUGUGUGUGUGUGUGUGUGUGUGCUCGAGAAACAAAGAACGCAAAAUCAGAUCAACGGGUGCAUCCAGCAACUGCAAUCAACUGAGACUUGGCGCACAGAUCGUGUUGCUGCUGAUGCGGCUGCUCCAAAAAUGCCCAAAUCAAUACUUCCCCAGAGUCGAACGGAUCAUCCAAGCACAGCAGGUGGCAGUAUGCCGGUCAUCGACGCACCGGUCGGUACGGUUUCAUCAUCGGCACAGUAAAACAGCAUCUUCGAUCAACCUUUUUGGAGCACAGCAUUCAACCAAACCACAACAAGAGUCUGUGACAUACAGAGAACGGGAAAGAAAGAGAGAGAGAGAGAGAGAGAGAGAGAGAGAGAGAGAGAGAGAGUGAAUGAGAGUGAGAGAGAGAGCGAGAGCGAGAAAGAGGCGAUCGAUAAAGAAAGUUAUAAAGAGACCGGACAGUAACGCAAUGGAUCAACGUUUGGGUCAAUUUCCUGGCGUAAAGUGGAGUAAACUGCGCAUGGCGCUGGCCGUUCUGGCCCUAGCAAUCGGUACGACCGGCGCAUAUCGAGUCGGUGUAGGCCGCGCGGACUGCACUGGGCCGUCGGUGGAAAUAACGUUUAUGGGUUACGCGCAGGUGACGCAGCGCGGAACCGGCAUCCAUCUGCGCCAGUACGCGCGCUCGUACGUCAUCGAGGACGAGAACGGCACGCGGGUGGUGUUCGUCAGCGUCGACGCGGGCAUGAUGGGGCACGCGGUCAAGCGGGACGUUCUGGCCGUGCUGCAGAAGAAGUACGGCGAGCUGUACACGCACGCGAACGUCGUCAUCAGCGGCACGCACACCCACUCGACGCCGGGCGGCUUCCUGAUGUACCUACUAUACGAUCUGACCUCGCUCGGCUUCGUGCCGGAGACGUUCAACGCGCUCGUGCACGGCAUCGCGCAGAGCGUCAUCCGCGCCCACAACAAUCUGGUCGAGGCGCGGCUGUACGUCGCCGAGACGGAGGUGCUCGAGGCAAACAUUAACCGCAGCCCGAGCGCGUACGAGAACAACCCGGAGGAGGAGCGGGCCCAGUACCGCCACAACGUGGACAAGACGCUGGUGCAGCUGCAGUUCGUGCACGCGCGGACCGGCGCACCGUUCGGCGCGAUCAACUGGUUCGCCGUCCAUCCGACCUCGAUGAACAACACGAACCGGUUGGUGUCGAGCGACAACGUCGGGCUGGCAGCGAUCCUGCUCGAGCAGGAGCGCAACCCGGACGCGCUCGUCGGCAAGGGCGACUUUGUCGGUGCGUUCGCGUCCAGCAACCUCGGCGACGUGUCGCCCAACAUUAAUGGACCGAAGUGCGAGAAGACGGGCCUGCCGUGCGAUGUGCUCACGUCGUCCUGCCCGUCCGGCGCCGGGGCCUGCUUUGCAUCCGGUCCGGGGCGCGACAUGUUCGAAAGCACGGAGAUCAUUGCCGACCGGCUGUACCGGGCGGCCGCCGGCCUGCUCAGCACGCGCACGACGAAAGCGCGCGAAGUGACCGGCCCGGUUGCGUUCGUGCACCAGUACGUGGACAUGACCACGGCCGAAACGGUACACUUCGAUCGGGCAACGCAAAAACCGGUGCGGGUGCGCGGCUGCCUGCCCGCGAUGGGGUACAGCUUUGCCGCCGGCACCACCGAUGGGCCCGGCGCGUUCGACUUUCAGCAGGGCACCAUCACGGACAACGUGCUGUGGAAUGCGGUGCGCGACUUCAUCGCGGAACCGACGCAGGACGACAAGGACUGCCAGGCGCCGAAGCCGAUCCUGCUGGCGACGGGCCGGGCCCGCUUCCCGUACGACUGGCAGCCGAAGGUGGUGCCGACCCAGCUGCUGGUGGUGGGCGACUUCGCGAUGGCGGCCGUGCCGGGCGAAUUUACCACGAUGGCGGGCCGGCGGCUGCGGUCGGCUGUGGCUCGCGCCUCGGUGGCGGCGGGCGGUCGCGACCUGCAGGUCGUCGUCGCCGGGCUGUCCAACAUGUACAGCAGCUACAUUACCACGCCGGAGGAGUACGAAAUCCAGCGGUACGAGGGUGCGUCCACGCUGUACGGACCGCACACGCUCACGCUCUACCUGGAGCAGUACAAGCGGCUGGCGGGGGCGCUGGUGCGCAACGAAACGGUACCGGCCGGCCCGACGCCACCGUACGAGGACGACAAGCAGAUAUCGCUCACGACCGGCGUCAUCUUCGACUCGCACCCGCUCGGGAAGGAGUUCGGCGACGUGAAGGUACAUCCGGAGGCAGCAUACGAGCGGGGUGCCACCGUCAGUGCCGUGUUUAUUGCGGGCAAUCCGCGCAACAACCUGAUGCACGACAAAAGCUUCUUCACGGUCGAGCAGCAGCAGCCGGACGGCAACUGGAGUGUGGUCGCUACCGACGCCAACUGGGAAACAAGGUUCCGCUGGGAGCGCACCUCGACCAUAUUAGGCUUCAGUGACAUCGAGUUCAGCUGGACGAUAGGACCCAACACACUGGACGGGCUGUACCGCAUCCGACACUUUGGCUACUACCGCUACAUACUGGGCGGUGUCUACCCGUACGUGGGCGCAACCAACGCCUUCAGCGUCAAGUGAUGAGCGAGCGCAUCGGUCACUCCCUCCUCAUUCGACGCCAUAGCAGUUAAGGAGUGGAGUAAUUGUGAAAAGAUAGAUGAAUGUUCAGGCGAGAAUUUGAAGUGAAAUCAAUAGGUUGGUGGACCCAAUGAAUGUAUCUAUGUGUGUGUGUGUAUGAGUGGGAGUGCGUCUGGGAGAGCAACAAGAUGGUAACAAACAAAAGGAGGAAGGAAAAACAAAACAACAAAACAUUCCACACCUAUUUUGCAAACCAAAUAGACUAGUCACUGGAUCAUUAUGGCGCUUAGCUAGAAGGAUGAUGAUUCGAUUUUGAAUUUUUAGAUUAAAAAUAAAUAAACAAAUGAAAAAAAAAAA